AGACAUAACCUCACAUUUUUAAUACUGUCAAUUUGUAAAGUAAAUAACAUUGUUUAUUGAUAUUAUUAAAUAUUAUUAUUAAGGUCGAAGAUGAGUUACGAAGCUAUAAUUGAUCAUUUGAAAGUAUUAAAUUCCCAAAACUUAUCAGAAUAUCCUGGAGAUUUAAAUGAACUUCUUACUAAAAAUAUCGAGUCUACAAUCACCCAAGUACAACUAAAUGAUACGAUUUUCAUUUUACCUGAUUUAAAACCUUAUGAAAUUAAUGAUAAUUUUAUAAUCUGGAAAUACAUCUGCUUUAAUUCUUAUUUAUUUAAAGAAUUAGGAGAAACAUUAAAAGAUGUUGAUACAAAUUUAUUAAGUGUCCACCAAAAUAAGCUUUUGCAAAAAUCUUUUGAUAAUUACAUAAACUUAGGAAUUUGUGCAAAUUUAUUACCAAAUAUGUCAGCAUAUCAUAAAAUAUCAAUACCUAGAGAUGAAAAUUUAAUCAUAAAUCAAUACAAAAUGUUAGCAGCAACAACAUCAUUUCUAAUUUACCUCUUAAAGUAUCCAAAAUUACGCUUAAUUAUCUUAUCAAGCUUUUCAAAGCCUCUUCUUAAUGCUUUAUACCAAAUAAUUCAUUGCCCAUUAAAAAAACCUUCCACUGAAUCAACAUGUAAUUUCGUUAUGUCGGAAGAAAUUUAUAACUGGUUGCUUGAGGAUAAAGAAAAGUUUAAAAAAUCGUUUGAUUACCUUGUACAUUUAUUGAAUAAAAAAAUUUAUGUCCACAAUACAAUGAUGUUAAUUACACCAAAAUCGCCGAAAUGGUUAAAAAGUUCUGUUUCUCAAACGUUAGAUAAUAUUCUUGUUGCUCCUCAAGGUGUUGAAUCGACUCUUUGGGCAAUGUUAGAGUAUAAAGUGGAUUCUUUUGAGAUGAAUGAUAGAACAAAAAAUUGGGAAACUCUUGAGAUUUUAACAAAAUUAAUUUUAAAUUUUUAUAAUAAACCAGAAUUUGAUGGUUUGUGUAAUCAACUGAUUAAUUUGUUAAAUAAACGAGAUAAUAAUAAGAAAAUUACAACAUUUGAAGAUUUAUAUUGUUUGUGUGUUAAACAAUUGUAUUUAAUUGAUAAAGAAGUUUGCAAAAAAAAAUUAUUAUGCAACAUUUUUGAUCAAUUAAACCGUUUUUGUUAUGAAAAUACAAAAAAAUUUGUUGAUAAUGAGGAUAUAACUGGUGAUAUUGAACAUAAUUUUCGAUUAAUUUAUAAUUGCUUUAUUGGAAAAAGUCUACAAACAACAGAUUUACCAAUUAUUUUAAUAAAAAAAUAUUUGAAUGUAUUUUUUAAUUUUUAUAUAAUAUCAUUAGAUUCGCCUCAUGGUUUAUUAAAAAAUCAAUUAGAAGAUAUCCUUUUAAAAUAUAUGAAAAAUUCAGAUUCAGAGAUUUUCGAUAAUUUCCUCUUUGAUUUACAACCAAACGAAAUCGCUUUAAUGAGGCGAGAUAUUUUUAUUGAAAUCCGAGGAAAAUCGGUGUUUGUUAAAGUACCUCAAAGUAAAAUUAAAAUUAAUAUAGGAAGAAAAGGAGAUGUUCUUAUAAAGUUAUGUAGAAAAAACGAGGAUUUAUAUAUUUCUUUAUUUUUAUAUUACAUGAGAACAUUAAAAGAUACAGAAAAAUAUUUUAAAUUAACAACGAAUUUAGAUUUAUUAAAAUUAGAAGAUGAGGUAACUUUAGAUGAAGUAACCGAAAGAAAAUUGAUGGUUUUUCAAAAUUUAUCAGCUUUAGCUGAAGAUGUAUUAAUUCAAGAACAUAUAAACGAAAAUCCAAAAACAAUAAUCGAUUUUUUAAAAGAUUCAUUAACAAACAUCUUAACAUCCAAUAUUCAUAAAUCGCUGGAUUUUGAUUCGGAUGAUUUUCAAAAUGUUUUUACGACAGUGAUGAUUCUUCAAGCACUGGUAAUGAAUUCCACUAAAGAAAAUUUAAAAUAUUACAAAACCCUCUCUGAAAUUGUUCACACCUUAUUUUGUGAAACUCUAAAUAUAGAAUUAAAACAACUUUUAAAAACGAUCGAUAACAUUUUAUGUAACGAUGAUUUUAAACAAAAAUCAAAAAAAGUUGUAAAAUCUGAAGUUGAUAAAGCUCUCGAUGACAUAACUGAUCCAUUAUUACCUGUGAGAGGUCACGGAUUAUUGGUUUUGUCGAAGUUGAUUGAAAAACGGGAUAAAGAAAUAAUGGAAAGAAAAAAUUAUGUUUUAAAUGUUUUCCAACAAAACUUAAAGGAUGAAGAUUCGUUUAUUUAUUUAACAUCAAUCGGUGGGUUGGCCGCGAUGGCCGAUGUAUUUCCUGAUAUUAUUAUUAAAAUUUUAACUGAAGAAUAUUCAGAUUUUUCAAAGAAAGAGAAUGAAAUUCGUAUGAAACUUGGUGAAAUUUUAGUUAGGGUGACUAAAAAUUUAGGUGAAAUGGCACCUAAAUAUAAAAGCGUUUUGCUUAAUACAUUUUUGGUUGGCACAAAAGAUGAAGACCACCUUAUUAGAGCUUCAAGUUUAUCAAAUUUGGGUGAAAUUUGUAAAGUUCUUGGUUAUAAACUUGGAAGUAUUGUAACCGAGGUACUAGUAUGUGUUCAUUCCAUUAUAACAACUGAUAAAGCUGUGGAAGCUCGUCGAGCUGCCGUAACAGUGAUAAGACAAUUAUUAGCUGGAUUGGAAGUUGAGAUGGUUGUAUUUUUAAAAGAUCACAUCCUCGAAAUUUAUAGAACUUUAAAAAAUAUUUAUAAUAACGAUAAAGAUGAUAUAAUGAGGUUGCAAGCUCAAUUGGGUUUGGAAGAAUUAAACGAAAAUAUGAAAGAUUUUGUUUUCCCAAAACCAACGUUAAAUAUAGAGAAAAAAUUAGUAGUGUUGAAUUGAUGAGGGGCAAAACAAAUAAAAUACUUAAUAAUUAA